UUAGCGCAUGCGCAUAUCCGGGCUGUCGAACAUCUGAAUGUUGUUCAGCAGCCGUUCGAAGAUAGUGUACAGUCUUUCGUUUCUUGUCUUCAUUGCUGUUCCUAGCUUGUAUACUGUAGCAUUUAAUUGUUUCUUUUCAAUGUCUGUUUCUCAUUUAAUUAUUUCAUAAUAUUUAACUGUUUAACGUUAUUAUUUACGACAAGAAGCAGUUACAAGAAGCCAGACAAGUUUUUUCCAUGCAAGUUUAUAUGUGUGCCUAAGUAAUGGAUAAAGAGGACACAGCCAGUGUUUCUGAAGAUGAGGAUAUGGAAGAGCAGCAAUUUCGCAGGGACACACCAGGUCCUAUGCCUGAGCAUCAGUACAGCAGGAAAAAAUUAAUUGAAAUAUCAGAGACUUUUGGAGCCAAGCUACGACCAAGUUGUCUAAGCAAGGAAUUUGACACGUCAGAGGGGCUCUGGGAUCCAGAAAAAUGGUUUCGUUCAUUUGGAGGUGGCUCAAGAGAAAACUCUCCUCUUAAUGUACCUGAUGGACGUGAGCGCCGGCGACAUUCCGACAUGGUUCGACCAUCUGAAAUUGAUCGGGAUCUUUGUGCUCGCAAUCGAAAGUUUUCAGUGGCAGAUCCUAGGGAGCGUCUGAAGGAGGAGCGUGAUGGCAUUGUCCUUAGUCCUCAGCGUCGCAGCUUUGGCACUGGCUGCCACGUGUCUCAGACGUCAUCAUCCAUUGUGAUCUCUUCUUCGACGUCAGUUUAUCGGCAGUCUAGCAUUAAUGAACGUGAUGAGCGUGAAAGGGACCGUAGAGACCAGCGCCGCAUUGGCAGUGGUAGAAUCCAAAUUGAUCGGGACCAAGGGCGUGAUUACCAUGCAAUCAGGGAUAGAGAUAGAGACCGGAAUGAACGUGAUAGGGAUAGGGACCGUGACAGGGAACGGCGGUUCAACGAGCGUCCAGAUCGCUCAGAUAGAUUUCGACGAUCAGAUAGUCGUGAUUUUGGAGACAAAAUGGCAGAAAGAAGAGAACGUGACUUCAACCACCGUGAAAGAGACAGAGAUGAGAGGCGUUUUGACAGGGGUCGCAGACGUUACAACAGUCAUGAAGAAGCAGAAGCACCAGAGUGGUAUACUGGGGGACCUACAAGUCAGACAGACACUAUUGAGCUGCGUGGGUUUGAGAGAAAAGGACACAGUUCAGACUGGGUAUUGGAAGAAGAAAGAGAAGAGGAUGGCAAAGAAGGAAAGCAACCAAUGGAGGAUGAUGAAGAGGAAGAGACUGAGAAUGGCAAGAAAGGCAAGCUUGUCAAUGCUGCUGGAGAUGCUAAAGCAAAUGGUCCUCUAGUAAAGGUGGACCAUGGUUUUAAUGUUGGAAAGCACAAUGGUAAUGUGGAAUCUGUGACUAACUUUUCUGAAGAAAUUUCUGGCGAGUUCAAUGUUCGACCCUCACCUCAGCCAUCACCUCAUCGAAUCAAUUCUGUUUUUGACCUUGACCAGUUCCUUAAGAUUGAUCACAUUCCUGGACUAGAGGAUCUGCUUCAGGAGCCACAAGCAGAGGUUGAACCCUAUGGUGAUGGGGGUGCAGCAGAACCAUCUGGUAGUCGUUUUAGCAAGUGGUUCAAUCCUGCAGCAGCUGCAGGCAUGGCCGAUCAGAGUAAUGGCACUUUUCAUGGCAUUGAUUUUAUCCAACGCCAAAGCCCUGCCAAUGUCAGCGAGGAUUUUAGCUAUCUGCAUGAAAUAUUAGAUGGUGCCAGAAGUCCAGUCACACACUCUCCGCCUCUCUCUAUGGCUGCUCAGCUGUUUGGAGAAAAAAAUUUCUUUGCUCCGUUUCCCAUUAACCAGGAUACUUUAACUCCAGGUCCAGAACAUUAUACACAGCAGAAGAACUUGCCCCCCAUUGUCUCAGCCAUGUUUCAGAACAGUGCUGCUGAAAAGUCUGGCAGUGCUUCAACUCCUAGCUCAAGAGGUAGUUUCUCAACUCAAGAUGCAGAAGUUCAACUGAAAGCAAUCUUGUUUGGUGGGGCACGAGACAGUGCAUCCUCAAGUGGUACGGCCAGUCCUGCCAAUGUACCUCCAGGUGUACAGCGCAAGAUGAAAACUGUGGCUGAGCUGGAAGCAGAUAUGCACCAGAAUUCUCCCAAAGUGGGUGCAAGUCCCUCCUCAACGCCUCAGCAUGGACCUACUGCAGCAUGCCAGGGAGCUGCCCCAGCAGCUGCACGUUCAGAUGAUGGGGACCAGACAGCAUUUAACAAGCUGCUAAGCUUGAUUAAAGGUGGCAGCAAUACUGCUUCAUCAGUUACGGUCACAGAGCAGAGGUCACUUUCGCCAUCUACAGGGAUUCAAGCUCACAAUGAAUUUACUCAAGCAUUGCUGAGGAAUAAAGAACAGCAGCGCCAGAUCCAGCAGAUGACCUUGCAAAACAUGCACCAUCCUAUCCCUUCCUCUGUAACAUCCCAGCAAGUGUCACAGCCACCUCUGCAAGUUCAUCUUCAGCAACAGCAGCAGCAGAUCCUGCAGCCUCAGCCUAUGCUGGCCAAGGUUCCUAUUGUGCAGCAUGCCCCACCACAGCAUACCCCACAGGUUGUAGCGCCACGACCUGUGCUGGCCCAAGGGCUGGGGCGCUUACCAGUGUCUGGCCCAUCAUCUCAGGACCCAAUAAUCAACUUCUUACAGCAGAACCCUACCAUUGUCAUGAAACCACCUUCACCUACUCCUAUCAACCUGGCUGGACUUCUAACUACUCAUGCAGUGUCUGCACAGGGUCCCAUACCCUCCCCUCUCCCAACAGGACUCCCUCCACCGAGCAUACGUGUGACUUCACAGCAGGGAAAUACCUCAGCUACUGCUCGAGUUCCUUCCCCCAUAAUGUUCAGCCAACAGCCACCCUUACAUCUAAGUGCACCUUCCCCGAUCCAUCCAUCCCAGUUGGCACCGCUACCUGGGCAGUCUCUUUCACCCACCAGUACACUAACAACAACAUCAGGCAUGAGGUCUCCAGUGCUGCAGCGGGUGCCCAGUCCACAAGAGCUAGUAGCACACACACAAGCUAUUCUUCAAAAUGCUCUUAUCAAACGCAAACUGGAAGAUCAGAAGGAACGAUACCUUAAAAAGCAACAAGAAAGAGCAAAAUCGCCUUGUGUACAAAGUAUGGCCAUCAAAACAUCAACCACAACCACAUCAACUAUGCCAGUCAGCAGUCAGUCCAAGCCGGCAAGCAUGGCCUUCACUCCAACCUCUGUCAUUCGGAAGAUGCACUCAGAUCGUGUCUCUGAAAAGGAAAAGCAGACCAAAGAUGGGGAAAAUGAUGAUGGAGACAGCUCAACAAAAUUGCAAAAGCAGGGCUCGGAUUCCUUUGACAGCUCUACCGUCAGUAGUGGGGACACUGGGAUCAAUGAACCAAGUGAUCUACACACCCCUUCCUCCUUUAACUCCAACUUGUCUGCUCUCAGUGGUCAUCUGGAGGAAGCAUUACACUUGGAUCUGCGAGAUGAUGGUCAGAUGGCAGCUCAGCAGAUUGGAGACAGUUUAGACGAUAAGGUGGUCUUUGGAACUGCUAUUCCUAUCCUUGGACCUGGAAGAGGAGGUCGGCCCUUAGUGGGUCAGGCUGUAGCCCCACCAUCCUCUCCUGGUAUGAGCCUGGCAGGAAGAGCCAUUGUUAAAGGUUCAGCUGAUACACCAGCUAGCGUUGCUGCAGCUAUUAUGUCUCAACCUCGACCCUUGACAGGCUGUUUGACUGGGGUUGUCAAAAUGGAUGGUGAGCCCCGGCCAAUAGUGGCAGGCUCCAGUGGAACUCUUGAUGUUGGCAAACUAAUGGAUCAAAAGCGUCACCAACAGCAGCAGCAAAUUCAGGCAUCUGUUCGACCAUCUCAUCUGAGCACUCCAUUUCCUCGACCAGUGGGAGCUGCCUCUGCACCACCACCACCAUUUAUGCCCAUCACCGCAACACCACGUCUGUCCUUGCAGCCAGCCAGCCCAGCAUCCAUGCAGUCAGCGCUUUUGAUGCAGCAGAUUAAUAGGGUGAACCACAUCAAUCAGAUGAAUCAGUUAGCUGCCCUUCAGGUUCAGCAACGAAUGAUGCCACUACAUGCCAUCAUGCCUACUGUUACACCAGGAGCUCCACUUCCACAACUUUCCCCUCGUACUUCCACACCUGCCCAGAUGUCAUCAGUGGCAGCUCUUGGGAUCACUCCUAAUAGUUCAUCAGCUAUCAGCUCUGUAUUAAAACGUGCAUUUUCAUCUUCAGUACCCAUUUUCACCCAGGCAACCAAACCUGCUGUAAAUGGACCAUUAGCCUCACUGGGGUCCUCAGUGGUAACUUCAACAGCUCCUCUGAACAAUCGCCAUCCAUCAGAUGGAGAGAUUCUCAAAUGGUUUUCACCUGAAGUGCUCAAGACACAGCUACCAAGCAUGCCACCACUUCCUACACAUGGCACGAAGGUCAUGACCGUUGAUGAAAUAGAAAGAAAUUAAAUAUUAACCUGUUAAGUACAUGUCUGCCUCUGUGUGUUGUCCCCAUUAGAAUAUUCCAGUCAUCAUUCUAUCAUGUACAGGUGAUUUAUUGAACUUGAGACAGCAUCUGUUGGAUAAUAAUCUGCUCAUAUGUGUGUCUCCUCCAUGCACAUAUCUGUUGUCGGUGGGCAGCGAAGCACCAACAGAUGUUUUGGUUGCAGAGGCAUAUAGUGUAGCAGCAGCUGUAUUAGCUUGUUUUAGUGUAUGUCUGAUGUGCCUCCACGACUAGUCCACCAGGAGAAAUGAUGCUCUGAUGACAACAAGCUUUUCUUCCCUUUUUUAAAAAUCUUGCUGCAGAUGUACCAUCUUAAUUUCAUGAGUAAAUUUUUUUUUAUUACUUGGCUAUAACUUUUGGCUGAGUCGUUUAAAAAAUAAUUACUGCGAUCUCAACAAAACAAAACUUUAGGUUUUAGCCUUUCAAGUCUUUGACUUUGUAAAGAGCAUAAAAAAAUUAAUAUUAGUAGUUUUCUGUAUUGUUUUUGCAUUUGCAUUGUGUGUGUAUGUUUGGUAUAUGUAUAAGUGCAUGUUGGUUUUUUUUUAAAGGAAAGGAUAAUACCCUUAACAUAAUUUCUGAUGAAGACCUUACAUUAAAAAACCCCACUGAAAUUGCUACUGCAUAUAAAUUUCAAGUUUUGGUUGACAGGAUGCAGGUGUUUUUUUUUUUCCCCAUGCUUCAAUUCCUUUUGAUCAUGUUUAGGAAACAUCGAUACUGAGUAUGACAGCACAUGAUUUGAUCCAUUGUGUAAAUAGAGGGUACAAAAGAUUUUCCAGAUGCAUAAGAUUGCAAAGAAUGUAAUAUCUACAGUUUUUACUCAUUUGAGUGUAUGCUGAGAGGUUUUGUUCACAAGUUUUUGUUCUUUUUUGUGUUUCUACCCCCACCAUCCAACAUCAAGUAAUUUAAAGGCUGUAAGGAGAGGAAGAGCUUAACCAAAUUUGUGAAGAUAUACAAACCGAUAAAAAAAAAAAAUCAUACAUUGUAAGGUGCUGCACAGCUGUUACAUUUCCAUGUAAAUAGCCAUGUUUGAUUUGUGUGCAUUCUAGAGCGCUAGAAAGCUGUAAAUAUUUAUCUGCUUGAGAACUUUCCGUGUGUUUUAUAAGGUGUAAAAUAACUGCCAAUGGUUUCGCUCUGUAGUACGGUGUGGAAUGGCUGUCAAGUGCUUAGAAGGGUUUAAAGUGUAAAUGGGACUGUGUGUACACCUGUCUGUUUGAAAGAUUUUUUUUUUGUCUGGAAGAGAAAAGAGUAAGUACAAGAGUUGGUAGGAAAUAUAGAUCAGCAGCAAUUUUUUGAAGCUGGAUGUUACAGCUAGGUAAGAGUUUAACUGAGUGACAGGUUUUGAUGGUACAAUUGCUUUGGGUGGAGAGGGGGAAAUGUGUGGGGGUGGGUGGGGAAAGUUAUUUGUACUAAUGUGCUCUUGUCCUUGGUGUGCUCAUUUCUGCAGGACACCUGCACAGUUGCUGAGUAAAGACCUGAAGCCUGUAAGAGUGACAAUUUUUUUGCAUCAAAUGACUCAUGAUGCAUGUGAGGUUUUUUUUUUUUUUUGGUACAUCUGGUUUCUUUUUCAGUCAAGUUUAAAAUUUGUUUUGUUACAGUUCAUCAGUUGUAUGUACAUAGUUCUUUACAUUUUGGUUACCAGAUUGGUGAUUUGAUGUUGCUGUAACAUUUGUCCUGCAAUGUAAAUAUGUGAAUAAAUUGUUGUUUGAGAGAUGUUAAAUCAACAGUUGAAGUCUUUGAUGUUGCAGUGAUGCACACUUGUAGUUUGCUCCAUUUUGUGUGUAAUGGUUUAUCAUUUUUUUUGUGUGUUUCUUAUGAAAUAUACAUUUCCAUUAAUUUUAUAUUGAUGGACUAUUAAACAUUACUUUUUGGCAUAUUCAAGAUCUUGUCUGAGAAGCAUUCUUACAACAUAACCACUUUACCCUGCUCUGAUCUAUCUAUCUUAGUAAACCUCUUCUAAUAUUUUGUUCUUUUAUGCAAUGUGAUAUUGAGGAAAGCUCUACUUAUGCCCUAGUAGUUGAAGGUGUAACCAGGCACAAAUCACUAGUGGUUUAUCUGUGUUUUGAAGUUGGUGGGGAGAUAGAGAAGAUGGAAUGCUGGUAAGCAACACAAUUAGUUUUCAGUAUGGUGUGAUCGUGAAUUCCCUAGGCAGCUUAUUUUAGUAUAAUGUAAAAGCAGUUCCAUAAAAUACUUAAGGAAUACGUUCAAGUCAUUGUCGAUAGGAUAACAAAAACCGUACAAAAAGUAGAAGGGAAAAAACUACUCAACUUUCUAUUUUUAUGCCAUUUUAAGUGAUGCAAGAAAAUAUUUAGACAUCACAAAAAAAGAAUAUAGUGCUUCAACAAAAUAUUUUUUUCUGUUUCACACUUUAAUGCAGAAAGCAUACACAGGAGGGUAUGCAUUUGUAUCUGUUCCUCAGAAAAAAAUUACCAUUUCUUCAUAUACUGGCUUUUUUGUUGGUUUUUUUUUUUUUUUUUUUUUUUUUUUUUUGUUUUGUACAUUUUCUUUCCAUUUGUGAAUCAGUGCAUUGAGGGUUGCAGUCCAGAAUUCAGAUCUUGUCUGAGGCACACUUUUCUUUCGGUGCAUGUGUAACCUGGCUGCUUUACUGUUAUAGAGCCUUCAUUGCUGGUUCAACCUAAAACACAAUUUUCUCUCCCCACCCAGUUGUGCUUGUUCAACAGAAGUACAUGUCUCAUUGAAAUUUAAAGCUGGAAAGGUGCAGCCUUUGUGACCAGCUUUAUAACUGUUCUCUCCUUUGGCCUCUUGCAUAAUGUAUGUCAUCGUGAUUAAAACUGUUAGUUUUGUUAUAAGAAAUGUUAUGUGUACUUUUUACAUUUAGAACACAAGAAUGGAUUUAGUGAUUCUGCUAUUUUAAGCUUUGACAUGUCCUAGGAAAGAACCUUUCCUUGCUCAUGUUUUAAACAAAAGAGAAGUUGACUUACAAAUAAUUUCCCGCUGCUGUCACAGCUGAUUUAAUGAAAUACCAGUUUUCUGUUGAUGUUCACUUUAAAAAGAAAAAAAAAAA